AGCCGCGGCGGGCGGAGCGCGGAGCCUGUACGCGGCCCGGGCCCGCUCAUUACUCAGCGGCCGAGGCCGGAGGCGGUGGUCGGAUCUGGAAAAACCCUUCAGUCACUACUAAUUAGGAUAAAAACUCUUGGGACCUUGUGGCUCUUGAGGCUCUUGUAUAUACUUAUAUCUGGAGCUGAGCAUGUAAGAAAACUACCUCUAUGUAAGGCCCAGAAGCAAAAUUUGGAUGAAGUGAACUAAGCAAGUUGCCGUCAUGAGCAGGAGCAAGCGUGACAACAAUUUCUACAGCGUUGAAAUUGGAGACUCAACUUUCACCGUAUUGAAACGGUAUCAGAAUUUGAAACCAAUAGGAUCAGGAGCACAAGGGAUAGUCUGUGCAGCUUAUGAUGCCAUCCUUGAGCGGAAUGUUGCAAUCAAGAAGUUAAGCCGACCGUUUCAGAACCAAACCCACGCUAAAAGAGCCUACAGAGAGCUUGUUCUUAUGAAGUGCGUUAAUCACAAAAACAUAAUCGGCCUACUGAAUGUGUUCACACCACAAAAAUCCCUGGAAGAAUUUCAAGAUGUCUACAUAGUGAUGGAGCUCAUGGAUGCAAAUCUCUGCCAAGUGAUUCAGAUGGAGCUGGACCAUGAACGAAUGUCCUAUCUUCUUUAUCAAAUGCUGUGUGGUAUCAAACAUCUUCAUUCAGCUGGGAUUAUUCAUAGGGAUUUAAAGCCCAGUAAUAUAGUAGUAAAGUCAGACUGCACUUUGAAGAUUCUUGACUUUGGACUGGCCAGAACUGCAGGAACUAGUUUUAUGAUGACGCCUUAUGUAGUGACUCGUUACUACAGAGCACCAGAGGUCAUCCUAGGGAUGGGAUACAAAGAAAACGUGGAUUUAUGGUCUGUGGGGUGCAUUAUGGGCGAAAUGGUUUGCCACAAAAUCCUCUUUCCAGGAAGGGACUAUAUUGAUCAAUGGAAUAAAGUUAUAGAGCAGCUAGGAACACCAUGCCCUGAAUUUAUGAAGAAAUUACAGCCUACAGUCCGAACUUACGUGGAGAACAGACCUAAAUAUGCUGGAUAUAGUUUUGAAAAACUCUUUCCAGAUGUCCUAUUCCCAGCUGACUCCGAACAUAAUAAACUUAAAGCAAGUCAAGCAAGAGAUUUGUUAUCAAAAAUGCUGGUUAUAGAUGCUUCUAAAAGAAUCUCUGUGGAUGAAGCCCUGCAGCACCCAUACAUCAAUGUUUGGUAUGAUCCAUCAGAAGCAGAAGCUCCUCCACCAAAGAUACCAGAUAAGCAGUUAGAUGAGAGGGAGCACACGAUAGAAGAGUGGAAAGAGUUGAUAUACAAGGAAGUCAUGGACCUGGAGGAGAGAACCAAGAAUGGGGUUAUACGUGGCCAACCAGCCCCUUUAGCACAGGUGCAGCAAUGAUCAAUGGCUCUCAACACCCAUCUUCAUCGUCAUCUGUCAACGAUGUGUCUUCAAUGUCAACAGAUCCAACAUUGGCCUCUGAUACAGACAGCAGUCUAGAAACCUCAGCUGGACCUCUGGGUUGCUGUAGAUGACUACUUGGUAUUUUGGGUGGUGGGAGGGGGGGUCCUUUUAGUCAUUAAUAGGGCACUUUUAAAAUUUGGUGGUAUUUUUGAGUGUUUUUUCAAAAAUAAUCAUGGAAUUCAUCAUAAAGUGCUGUAAUUUCAAACUGUAAGUUGUGUUAUAAGCAGCCACUUUUUUGCUGUAAUUAACUGUAAAAUAUUAAACCUGGUAAUUUUUAUUGUGGUUUUAAAAUCUGCAUAUUUGCUUUACUAUUAUGCUGCUGAUCUUUUUUUACUGAAUUUGUAAGAUUUGUUUUAUCAAAGCACAUAUUAAUGUUGUGGUCAUUACCAUAUGAUGAAUUAUUUAAGAUUUUAUAGGUUUUCAAUUUUUUAAUUAGAAUUUAUUCCAGAUGUUUUGUUCAUGAUAUCCUUCAAAGUUUUAUGCUUGGUCAAUCGUCUGUGUCCAGGUGGAGGGAGAGAGAAUUCAGUGCAGCCAGCUGUAGUUUCAGGCAUACUACUGUGGUGCUGGGUAGUGAACAAAAUCCUCUUUUGUUUUGGCCACUUGCCUAUAAUACUUCAGCAAAAGCAACAAUUAGUGAGGGUAUUUUUUAGAGAAACUGAAAAAAACCUUUGCAAAGUAACAUUAUCUGAAUGGGUUUAUGAACUUAAGAAAGCAAAGCAUAUCUUCAAAGCUGCAGAAAUAUCCAGCCUAGCAGAGUAAUAUGAUGUUUUCUGCAGAGUUGUGGCAUGCCAAAUCUUGUGAUCACCAUAAAACAUGAGGAUACUUCAUGAAUAAUACAUUUCAAUGCCAAUAAACUGUUUACUUCUA